AUGCUGCCCCCGCUCCGCCGAGCCGUGCAUAGCAUCCCCCUGCGCGCCGAGCCUGCUGGCCCUCGCGCGGCAGAAAGACGAUCCACAUGCCGCGGAGGAGCCAUCCGCGCUCGCCUGCGCUCUCUUCUCGCGAUACCGUACGAGGGCGCGGGCGGGAGGCACAGGCUGGCAUCGUGUGUGUGUCUGUGCGUGAGUGCAGUCCGGUUGGUUCCAAGGUCCGCGGAUCCCGAGGCGACUCUUGAGUCGACUCUAGAGGCUCCGAGCCCUUCGUGCUCGAUCCUAGACUCCGCUCGUCCUCUGAAUUCCCCUCUUCCCCCUCCUCCCCUCGCCCAUCCCCGUCCCUUUCCCCCCUUCGCCCCCCCCCAUCCCCUUUCUCAGGGCCUAUGGACGGCGGAGGAGGACGCGGUGCUGAUGGAGUGCGUGCAGCGGUUCCGCGAGGGCAACUGGACCACCAUCGCGCAGCGCUCAGGGCUGGCGCGCUCGGGCAAGAGCUGCCGCCUGCGCUGGGUCAAGCACCUCAGCCCCGCCAUCCGCCCCGGCCCGCUCACAGAGGCGGAGCAGCGGCAGGUGAUCGAGCUGCAGCGGCGGUUCGGCAACAAGUGGGCGCUCAUGGCGCAGCACAUGCCGGGUCGGUCGGACAACGCCAUCAAGAACUUCUGGAACUCGUAUCGGAAGAGGAUGCAGCGACGCGUGAAGGCCGCUGCUGCCGCUGCCAAGGAUGGGGGCGGAGGGGGUGGAGGGGUGGGUGGGGGUGGUGUUGGGGAGUGUGAUGGCGAGGCGGGGGAGAAAGAGGGAGGGGCGGAGGCGGAGAGGGAGAGGGAGCAGGCGGUGCAGCGGCAGCGGCAGGUCAGCUCGCAGCAGGUGCUGGGUGCUUCCCCCAUGCGCCUGCCCCUGCCACGCCUGCCGCCAAUCCAAGCCGUGCCCGUGUCAGCGCAGCACCCCAUGGGUGGUGCCCCCAUGCGCAGGGCACUCUCCUUCUCCACCGCCUCUCCCCUCACCGCCCUUCCCGCCACCACCCCUCCGCACUUCCCCACCAUGCACCCGCACACCGCUCUGACCACUGCUGCUCCCAUGAGCACAUCGGCACCAUCUGCCGUGUCGCUACCGGUGCCUGCCGCGCCACCAGCCCUCACGCCCAUGCCCAUGCCCAUGCCCAUGCCCAUUGCCAAGCCCGCGCCUGUGGCUGUUCCUGUGCCCGCUGGAGCGGGUGGGAGUGGCACGGCUUGGAGCAACCCAGUUGGGAGCGGCAUGGGCUGGGGACGGUGCGGGGGCAACCCACCAGCACCAGCAGCAGCACACGCGGACGGCAGUGGGAGGCACGGGGUGGUCACCUCUGGGGUCCCCGCCCACCCGCUCCUUGUGCUGCCUCAUGGGCAGACGCACACUGUGCUGCUGCACGCGCCCUCCCAUCAGCACGGGAUGGAGCAGCGGCAAGUGAACCUGCAGCAGCAGCAGCGGCAGCGCCUCACUGCAUCUCCCCUAUGCGGCAGCAGCGGGUAUGCAGUGCAGGACGCGGUUCCCCAUGAGCGCAGCCACCUGCCUUGUAACGCGGAUGGAAACCCCUCUCGCCCCUCUGACGCCCGCCCCUACAGCGAGGGGGCGAAAUCCCUAGAGUGCGCUAACGAUGGCGGUGGGGCUGGCCGCUGCAAGUACGGUGCAGGCGCGCUGGGGCUGCAAGGCGGCAGCAUGGGGGAGCGGCGGAGCGAAGGGGGAGAUAUGGAGUGGCAGGGAGCUGAUGGGGUGGAGGCGGAAGAGGGGAGCGAGGAGGAGAAAAGAGAGAAAGGAGAGUGGGAGGAGGGGAUGAAGCGAGGGGAGGGGCAGGAGAGGGAAGAGGGGGCGAGGGAGGGCGGUGAGCUGCAGCGGUUGUGGCUUCCGCCGUACCUGGACACGCCACAGAGCUCGUCCCCGUGUGGUUCAGUGAAUCUGGACGCGGUGGAUGCCGUGUUCCAGUCAGAGCUGCUCGUGGCGCUGGCAGAGGACGGUCCAGGCGCACAGAUUGCAGAGCAGCAGUCCGGCACACUGCAGCACAGCCAGCAGCACAGCGGGGAGCAGCACAGCGGGGAGCAGCAGCAGCGUGGGAGCGAGGUGGACGGGGAGGGGAGUCUGUCGGGCACGCUGUGCUCGCCCUCCACUGCUGCCUCGCCCGCUGCUGCGCCCUGCAUGGGCGACCGCACGCCCAUCUCCAAGCGCUCCUCCCUCGCCUCGCACACGCCCCUGCUUCAGCGCACGCCUGGGUCUGCCCGGCGCCCACUGUUCUGCACGAGCAUAGAGGAGGAGGAGGGCGAGCAGGUGAAGGAGAAGCAGGAGCAUGAGGAGCGGGGACGUGAGUGGGAGUGUGUGGAAGCAGAUGAGGGUGAUGCAGGUGGCGAGAAGGGCCGUGGCGGAGCGGAGGAUGGGCAGCAGGCGGCGCAGAGGUUGGCAGGGGAGUGCCUAGCGGCGGGUGUAUGGGCGUGCAGUGGGGACAGGGAGCGGGACACUGUGUCUCCUCUGCACCGCCACCUGCCUGUGGCCGUGGCCGUGGCCGAGGCAGGCGCGGUGGGAGGGGGCAGGGGGACUCGGGUAGAGGGCGGAAGGAUGGAUGAGGAGGGCAGGGAGACGCAUGGGGAGGAGAAGGACGUGAGCGGGGAGGGACUUGUGGAUGUGAGAGGAGGAGGAGAGGGCAGUGGUGACGUUUGUGCAAGGGAGCUGGAGACGGGGUUGCUGGCCGGAGUGGUGGUAGGCUCACUGCCUGGGGGGCUGUGCUCGCCCGUGCCACUGCUGGCAGACACUGCAGCAGCAGCAGCGGCGGCGGCGGUGGAGGAGGGUGCGGCAGAGAAAGGGGAAGCAGCAAGAGUGGAGGUGAUGCAUCCUGCCAUUGCGCCGGCUCGACGCACACUCACACCAUUACCAGCACUGGCACCUCCACCACCAGCGCUAGCACCAGCGCCAGCAGCGCCACCGUCAUUCUUUCCUGCCCGUCCGCACCUGCUGUGGUCGCCUGCUCGCUCGCCCCUCUCACCCCUCUCCCCCACGCCGCGCUGCCUGCCGCCAGCUGUGUUCCCGGGCAUGGGGAGUGUGGGCGCGGCUGACGGCAUGGACGCCCUGGGGCGCGUGGGCGGCAAGAGGCCGCUGGGUGGUCAGGGUAGCGCCGCUGCUGCAGGCUGUGCAGCGGGUGCAGGUGGGGUGGAUGUGAUGGGGAGAGUGGGUGGUAAGAGGCCCCUGAGGGCUGUGGGAAGGCUGGGUGGCGCUGGUGGCGGGGAUGACAUGGGAGGCGUGGGUGGCAUGCAGCGUGUGGGGAGCGUGGCAGGUAUGGGGGGCCUCACUGGCAUGGCUCGCCUGGCGUGUGUGGAUGCUGCAGGUGGGGCAGCAGGUGGUGUGGGUGGGGUGCGGUCGAGUGGGGUGGCAGGGGCAGUGAGGAGGGGGCAGGGCAUGGGGACGGUGAUGAGGAGGCGGGCGCUGAGAGGUGCGUCUGCUGCCCCCCAGCUGCAGGAGGCGAGGCGAGUGUGGCAGGCCAUCCUGGACAGCCCACGUGGCAUGUGUGCCGCCCUCAGGGAGUGCAUGCCGCCCGCCCUGCGCCAGGUCACUGCUGACGUCACCACGCCUCUGUUUCCGCUCCCUGCUGCUGACGCAAUCAUGCCCUGCGCUGACGUCACCAGCCCACUUGUGUUGGGCGAGAUGAGGGAGAGAGGGGAGAGUGGGGGAAUGGAGGGGGGAGGGGCUAGCGGGGAGGUGGGGAAGGGAGAUGCGGAUGGGGAGAUGGUUGCUUUGGGGGACAGUGGGGGUGGGGGUGGUGAUGUGGGGAGUGAUGGCAGUGAUGCGGGUGGCAGUGGGGGCGGCGAGAGUGGUGGCGGUGACAGUGGAGAAGCAUGCGAGCGAGAGCUGGUGGAUGGCAUGAAUCGCCUCGAGACAAGUCAGGGGGUGGAGGGGGAGCAGGGGGGAGAAGAAGGGGAGGAGCGAGAGGAGGAGGUGGAGGAAGGGGAGGCGGAGGUUGUGGAGGCUGUAGGGGACUCGUAUGACCUUGAGAGGGAGAUGGGGGAUGGCGGGCAGAAUGGAGCACAGGGAGGGGUAGGGGGGUGUGAGGUGAAUCAGGAUGGUGGUGUGGCUGGGAGGGUUGGGGAGUGCUGCACACAGGCUCGGCGGAUGGAGGUAGGGACAUGUGAGGGGGCCAGUGGUGGGGGGGGAUUGCGGCAGCCAAGGAGUGAGGAGAGCAUGGCAGCAGAGCAGACAGCAAGGAGGGCGGGGCAGCAGCAGUGGGUGGUGGAUGAUGGGUUGACUGCGGGUGGCAGUGCUGCCAAGCGAGUGAGGCUCAUGCACGGUGGUGAGUGCAGGGCACGAGAGCACCCGGUGGAAGAAGAAAAGGGCAGCAACGAGGAAGCUGCUAGUGUCGGGGAGGAGUGCAGAGAGCAGGGGGUGCGGGUGAGCAAGGGAGGCAGCAGUGGGGGGCGCAGCAAGGCGAGGCAGAGGAGGGGGUGCCGCAGCCAGCGACCCAUGACCGUUGAGAUCCACCGGCCGUUCAUGCACGUGACUCGCAUGGUGGGGAAUGGACGCACGCAGGCGGGGGAGAGGAGCGUGAGCAUGCAGGAGGCUGCUGGUGGGAUGGUGCGGGAGAAUCAGCAGCAGCAGCAAGAAAAGGAAGAGGAGCCGCGGGUGCAUGGCGGGAGUGAGGAAGGAGGACCAGAUAGGGCAGGCGACCCGGCACUGCAGGAGGGAAUGUCUGAGCAGCAGCACGGGGAGAAGAACGGACAGCAGCAGCAACCGCAGCGGCAGCAGCAGCAGAGCCCGGUGCUGUAUCACUUCCAUGGCUCAUCACUCUUCACGCCCACUCAAGCACCCCUGCUCACGCCCUCCCUCACCUCCGCCUUCACCCCCUCCUUCACCCCGCCUUUCUCCCACCCCCCUCCCCUCACCUCCCCCCACUUCGCCUCCCUGCUCGGCUCAACAGCACAAGCCCACGGCAAUCCAACAGGCGCAAACGCCUCAAAGGAUGGGACUAUGGGAAGCCAUGGCGUGGAGCAUGGGCGUGAGGAUGGCCAUGGGCAUGUGCAAGUGCAUGCUCAUGCGUCUGGUUCAGGGUCCCUGCUGGCUGCAAGUCCGCGCUUUGAGAGUGGGUGGGUGUGGGACAUGAAGCUUGAUGCCCUCUCACCCGCCGCCAUGGCUUCCCACUAG